AUGAUGACGAUGCGCUCUGUGCUGCUGAUGUGUGCGCUGUGUGCGUGGUGCGCCUGCGGGUGUGCUGCCCUGGAGGAGCAGAGGCGUGCAGAGUUUCCAGGUGUUGGUGGCUACGCAGUAAUGACUCAAGGUGUUGAAUCACUUGAGACUGGUGGUGAGUCUUGUCCUGGUGCAACGACUGCAUCCGGUGGUGUGUGCAGUGCUGCUAAAACACAGACUCCGGUGGUUAAAUCUGCGAGUUGCACAGAGACGAAUAUGUCCGAUGAGUGUAAGGCUCAGAACGAUCUCAGGCUUUGCAAGGAAGAAGGUUCUGACGAUUGCAAAGACACCCCGGCGAUUGGUACAGGUGAACCUUGCCGAGACACUACAAAGCAAACUUGCUCGACUGCCCAACAGGUGAAGCCUGAAGGAAUAGUCGGUUCCAACAGUGUUGACGAUCCCAGCCAUACAACUGGGGGUGAUGAUGAUACUUGUCCAGACAAGAAACCCAAAGUGAAUGGGUCUUGCGCGGUCGCGGGAGGUGAAUCUCCACCGGAAAUCGCAGGGAAAACCGUGGACCUAAGUGACGGGGCUCUUCCUCGUGAAGAUACGCCACAACAUUCUUCUGGGAGAGUUGUCGAUGACAGUGGGAAAACCGGUACUGAUGGUCGCUGCGAUUCUAGUACCGUUCCAAAGUGCACGACCCCAUCGGGUGAAACCCAGCAUAACAAUACACCGCUGCAACCUCAACCUCAUCCCGGCCAAGGGGAGACGGGUGGAGGAAAUUUGAAGAACGGUAGGAAAAACGUGGGUGACACCGAUAACUCGCUGGAGCUCCAGAAGAGAGCUGAUGGUAUUGUCGGUGAUAUCAGCAGGGCGAAGGCCGAUUUGCCUGCAGAAAAGGGCAAGAACGCCAAAGAAAACACGGAUGCUAACAGCAGCCGAGAUAAGAUGGACAAUCAAGUCACUGAUAGCCCCACAAGUACCAAAGGGAAGGAAACUAGCUCUGAUGUUUUGCCAACAGCAGCGCAAAAUCCUGCAGCUGAGAGCUCCGGUGAGAAUCCUUCCACACAGCAGCCGGCUAAGCACAUUGCCCUACAGGGUACAGAUGAACAAGAUCAUUCCAAACAAUUACAGUCAUUUUCGGAGAGUAGUUCGACGCGUGACACAGAAACUACAUCCACAAAACCCAGAGACAGCCCCGUCCCCAAAAACGCGGACAAAGACACGAAGAAUGAGGACAGCAGCGUCAGUCCUGUGUGGGUGCAUGCACCGCUGCUUCUGCUGACGUUGUUUGCAGUGAUGGCUGUGUCAUGA